GAGUCCCUGACGGGGAGGGUUCCGGGGCAGCCCUGGGUUCUAGGAAGGGGAGCUGGGGAGUUUUCACCCUAACCGGGGCUCACGCAGGAAGCCUGGGGGAGUGGGAGACGGAAACUCAGCCACAUCAAGACUCAGCCACAGGCAUGAGGGGCCCCUGGCCGAGAUGACAGUGCUGGCGCUGGCCUGGAGCCCAACCCUGCGUACACCUGGGUGCCAGACCCCACUGCUGCUGCUGCUGCUGCUGAGCGCCGCCCUGCGGGGGACCCCGGGCUGCUCCUUCCCGCACAGCCCCAUCGCCUCCACCUUCGCCGACAGGAUCGACCAGCUGUCGGACUACCUGCUUCUCGAUUACCCGGUCACCAUGGCCUCCAACCUGCAGGAUGAGGAGCUCUGCGGGGCGCUCUGGCGGCUGGUGCUGGCCCAGCGCUGGAUGGAGCGGCUCAAGACUGUGGCUGGCCCCCAGAUUCAAGACCUGCUGGAGAAGGUCAACACGGAGAUCCACUUUGUCACCUCUUGUGACUUCCAGCCCCUCCCCAGCUGUCUCCGCUUCGUCCAGACCAACAUCUCCGACCUCCUGCAGGACACCUCGGCGCAGCUGCUGGCUCUGAAGCCCAGGAUCACCCGCCGCAAUUUCUCUCGGUGCCUGGAGCUGCGGUGUCAGCCGGACCCCUCCACCCCGCUGCCCCCAGGGAGUCCCAGGGCCCUGGGGGCCACUGCUGUGCCAGCGCCUCAGCCUCAGUCCCCCCCACUGCCGCUCCUCUGGCUGCUGCCCCCAGCCCUCCUGCUGCCAGCUGUCGCCUGGGGCCUACACUGGCGGAGGACGAGGUGGCGGACAACCCGUCCCAGGGAGCAGACCACAGAGAGACAGAUGCGUCUAUCGUCCCAUUUUACGGAGGAGGACACUGAGGCCCAGAGUGAAAGUCAUCUGCCAGAGGACACACAGCCAGGGCCCGGAGGAAGCAGGUUGGAGGCUGGGCCCUUCCUGGGCCCCUGCACCUCUCUCUGCCUUCCAGAAAUGGAGGCAGCACCACAACCCGUGGCUCAGGUCCCAAUGACCCACUUCUGUACGAAGCCCUGAUCCCCACGAAGUUGUAUAUAAACAAUUCUUUUCUACCA